AUGGUAGUUCUAUUUCAGAUCCUUUUGCUAUUGUGUUCAAUUGAUGCAAUUACUAGUACUACUUCAUGUGAAGAACGCUGUGGGAAUGUUAGCAUUCCAUACCCUUUUGGAAUAGGAGCAGCUGGUUGCUACGUUGAUGACUGGUAUGAAGUAAUUUGCAAUUACUCCUCGGGCUCUCCCAAGCCUUUCUUGAGGAGGCUCAACCUGGAGGUUCUCUACAUUUCAUUCGGAAGCACUUUAUCACGAAGACGAAACACAGUUGGUGUCAAUUAUCCGACACUUUCUGCUUGUGGUAAUCUUUCAAGGGGCAUAGAAAAUGUGGAGCUAUCAAAAAGCCCUUUCAUCUUCUCCCAGUCCGAAAACAUAUUCGUGGCCAUCGGCUGCAACAAUUUUGCAUCAAUAACUUCCUUAGAUGGUUCAGUUUUUGGGUGCAGGACAUGCCCUUUCAACUGUAAAGUUUGUGAAGUGAUCAUAAAUGAUACUACUACUCGUUUAUGCCAAACCACAAUUGCUUCAGACCUCGUUGCCUUCAAUACAAAUACAGAACCAAUAAUCGUUCCAAACCAGCCUACAAUCGGUUGCAGGUCUGCAUUCUUGGUAGAAGAAAAGUGGUUCAAGGCCGCCUACAACGUUCGAUUGUUCUCAAAUAUGUCUUCCGUUGUGUCGUACCACGUUCCUGUGGUGUUGGAAUGGGGGGUUCUUGAUACAUCAUUCUACUCAGUACUCAAUAAUCUCGCUACAUAUAAUAGUUCUUCAAACUACACAUGUAUUCGAAUGAGUAACCGGAACUCAACUUUUUCAUGUUCUUGCGAUGGAGGCUAUGAAGGGAAUCCCUAUAUUCUUGGAGGAUGUCAAGAUAUUAACGAAUGCGAGCGAUCAAACCCUUGUUCCCGUUACAAUAGCUCAUACUUCAAUGUAAAAUGUGAAAAUGGUAUUGGGUAUUACUCUUGUAUACCUGUUUACCCCCCGAAGCCUCCGGUUAGAGCGGCCACGAUAGGUGUUAGUAGUAGCCUUGGGCUAUUGGUUCUACUUGUUGGUGGGUGGUGGUCAUACAAAGUAAUAAAGAAAAGGAGGAGGAUUAAACAGAAGAACAAGUUUUUCAAAAGAAAUGGUGGUUUAUUAUUACAACAACAAUUAUCUUCAAAUGAAGCCAAUGUUGAUACCACCAAAUUGUUUAAUUCAAAAGAUUUGGAGAAGGCCACUGAUCGUUUUAAUGUAAAUAGAAUACUUGGUCAAGGAGGACAAGGCACUGUUUACAAAGGCAUGUUGGCAGAUGGUAGAAUCGUUGCUGUGAAAAAGUCCAGGGUAAUUGAUGAAGCAAAACUUGAAGAAUUUAUUAAUGAAGUUGUCAUUCUUUCACAAAUUAACCACAGGAAUGUUGUUAAGCUAAUUGGUUGUUGUUUGGAGACGGAAGUUCCUUUGCUAGUUUAUGAAUACAUUCCCAAUGGAACUCUCUUCCAAUAUGUCAAUGGCCAAACUGAAGAGUUUCCAUUGACAUGGGAUAUGCGCUUACGAAUUGCAACUGAAGUAGCAGGAGCUCUUUUCUACUUACACUCAGCAGCUUCCUCGCCCAUUUAUCAUCGAGACAUUAAGUCUACAAACAUACUCUUAGAUGAUAAGUACAGAGCUAAAGUAGCCGACUUUGGGACAUCAAGAUCCAUCACUGUUGAUCAAACUCACUUAACCACACUAGUGCAUGGCACUUUUGGAUAUUUGGACCCUGAGUAUUUCCAAUCAAGUCAGUUUACAGAAAAGAGUGAUGUUUAUAGUUUUGGUGUUGUCCUUGCUGAGCUGUUAACUGGAGAAAAAGCAAUCUCUUCCACAAUGACACAAGAAUCCAGAAGUUUAGCAACAAAUUUCAUUCAAUCGAUAGAGGAGAACAAUUUGUUUGGUAUUAUUGAUAGUCGAGUUUUGAAGGAAGGUAAGAAAGAAGAUAUCAUUGUGGUCGCGAACCUUGCGAAAAGGUGCUUAGACUUAAACGGAAAGAAACGGCCUACAAUGAAAGAAGUCGCAAUGGAGUUGGAGAUAGUACAAAUGCCACAAAAAACUCCUAACCUUCAACAAAACUAUGAAGAGCUUGAAUAUGAUCGAGCAGAAAUGUACGAGCCAUGGGAUGCUGAACCCAAAUCAACAAUGUCAACCUCAUCUGUAGACGCCCAACCAUUAUUAUCUUCUCAAUCUGCAUGAAUCAGUAUUUGUUUGAUGCAAUUUUAUAGGCUAAAUAAUUUUCUGUUUACGUUGUAAUUUCAAAAAUCAUCUGAGAACAUGGAUUAACCAUAUCCAAUUCUAUUGAUAGUAUAAGAUAGCAGA